GCGAUCUACCCACCUCCCAGUCAACCCCUUCCACUCUGAGCUGGGAUCUCUUUUAUCUGUUCUGCAUGGAUGAGAACAGCCAACCGCAUAUGGAUUUUUCUCUCACCAACUAAUGUGACUCAAACCCAGGAUUGUGGGGGGGACAAAAACAAAAACUGACAAAAGAAGGUGAAGGGGGGUGGGACACACUCCAAGUGGUUUCCAGCGGGUUUCCAUGUUUGUGGGAGCAGCACUUGAGUCUGCCUUGGACAUGGGACCGUGCGUCAGCCGAGAGGGAACCGGUGCCGGAGGAAGAGCAUCGUCCUGAAGCAGGAAAAGCCCGCGUGAGGGAGUUCUUUUUAUCUCUUGUUUUUUGGCGACCGGAGAGGGGGAGCUGUGGGUUUUACGCACCGGAACGAUGCACCCCAACCGCGGCUUCAUCCUGCUCCUCCUCAACGGAACCGCGUGUUUGGUGGCCCUGGGUCAAGAAGAUGAGUCCUCCAGCCCCAAAAGCUCUUCAGACGACUCCUCCAAGACAUUGGGCCUCCGGGGCGAGCAGGCUCCCCUCUCGCCCCUGAGCCGCUGGAUGCUUCACAGUAAGAGCAGAGCUGCUAAUGACACCUCUUUGGAGCUGGCCUACCGCUCCCCACUCCCUUUCUCCAAGCAGGAAUUUUCGAAACAGGAGUUCUGGGAGAUGUUGGGCAGCGACCUGCUCAAGCCUGAUGCCUCCAGCUCCAGGGUCAAACGCCGGCCAAUUGUUAAGACCGGCAAGUUCAAGAAGAUGUUUGGCUGGGGAGACUUCUAUUCCAACAUCAAGACAGUGAGGCUCAACCUGCUGAUCACCGGCAAGAUUGUGGACCAUGGUAACGGCACGUUCAGCGUCUACUUCCGCCAUAACUCCACAGGCCAGGGCAACAUCUCAGUCAGCCUGGUGCCACCUGUCAAGGCGGUGGAGUUUGACCUGGAGCGCCAGAGCGUGGUCUACCCUAAGGACUCCAAGAUCUUCAACUGCCGCGUGGACUAUGAGAAGGUGGAUCGCAGCAAGCGCACCUCGCUGUGCAACUACGACCCGUCCAAGACCUGCUUCCAGGAGCAGAUUCAGAGCCACGUGUCCUGGAUUUGCUCCAAGCCUUUCAAAGUCAUCUGCAUCUAUAUAUCCUUCUAUAGUACGGACUACCGCCUGGUGCAGAAGGUUUGCCCGGACUACAACUACCAUAACGAGAUGCCCUAUCUGCCCUCGGGCUAGAGGACUUGUGUGAGGGGAGGAGAGAUGGGAGAGGAGAGGAUACGGGGGAUGAGUGGGCGCUACUGCAACAGGAAACCUGGGCUGACAAAAGUCAUUAAUACCAUUGUGGCAGCAAUACAUCUUCAAAA